AUGGCGUCCGACUCCCAGCGGGUCUCUGAGGCCCUGAAAUUUCUUCAGCGCAAUCAAAUCGGGGGUUUGCGGCGCCGCAGCCUGAGCAGCAGCAGCAGCAGCAGCAGGAGCAGCAGCAGCAGCAGCAGGAGCAGUAGCAGCAGCAGCAGCAGGAGCAGCAGCAGGAGCAGCAGAAGAAGCAGCACAAGGAGCAGCACAAAGUCUGUUAUCAUAUCGGGGCCCUUUGGGCCCAGGCCUUUGCUAUACUUUGAUUUUGCUGCCACAGGGCGCCCCCUCCGAUGUAUUGAGAGGUGCCUAUACACCUCAGUGCUGCCCCUGUCAGCUAAUACACAUACACAUCAAGCAGCACUCGGAAGACAAGCAACUUUCUUUGUUCAAGAGGCUCGGCAGAUAGCGAAGGAGUACUUCAAUGCCGGCCCUGAUGAUGCUCUUUAUUUCUGCGGCUCCGGGGCUUCUGCUGCAGCAGCAAAAUUCCUGCAGCUGCUGCUGCUGGGGGCCCCACAAGUUGCUGCUGCAGCACAAGAGGCGCACCCCGUAGCAGCAGCAGCAGCAGCAGAAACUGCAGCAGCUGCAGCGAGAGACCAUCAGACAGCAGCAUCCACCGCAGCAGCAGCAGCAGCAGCAAUAUCUCUUCUAUCAGGCCCUCAAGCUGCAGCAGCAGCAACAGCAGCAGCAGCAGCGGCAUUGCCUCCACCAAACAGCACUAAAACCAGCAGCAGCAGCAGCAGCAGCAGCAGCAGCAGCAAAAGUUAUCUGCAGGCUUUCACUGAAGUAUUUGAAGAGGACCGCUGGGGCUCCUUCCGCUGCCGCCGCUGCAGCAGCAGAUUAAAAACAUCGCUGCACGCACGCAGACAUUUAUAUCAGCAUGCUGCAGCAGACUUAGAGGCUGCUGCUGCUGCGCAGCAGCAGCAGCAGCAAGAGGGGGCAGAUGGAGAGCUACAGGUCUUGCAGGAGCGAAACAGAACAGAGCUGCAGCAGCAGCAACAUCUGCAGCAGCAGCAGCAGCAGCAGCAGCCCCACGUACAUGUGAUGUUUCUCUGUGACCCCACAGGCCACCAUUCGCUGCUGCUGCCUUUUUCAGCUGUACAGACAAGAGUAGACAGCAGCAGCAACAGCAGCAGCAGCUGCAGCAGCAGCAGCUACUGCAGCAGCAUGAACACGCAGGCGGGUGCAGCAGCAGCAGCAGCAGCAGCAGCUCAAGCUGGGGCCUACUGCUGGCCUCAAGAUAAACUAACAUCCAACGGUGCUGCUUUUGCUGCUGCACCUGCAGCAACAGCAGCAGGACCAGGUGCAGCAGCAGCAGCAGCAGCAGAACCAGCAGCAGGAGCAGCAGCUGCAGCAGCAGCAGCAGGGGUUUCGUAUUCCUUUCAUUUGCUGUCGCUAGAUGCUCUAUCUGGGGGCCUCUGUCUUUCAGGGUUAAGACGCCUGCUGCUUCGUGCGUCUAUCUGCUGCUGCCGCUUCAAUCAGCAGCAGCAGCAGCAGCAGGCGCAGGAGCAAGAGAUAGAUGAAGACGAAGAUAGCUGCUGCGAGGCAUGCAGCAGCUGCAGCAGCAGCGGAAGCAGCAGCAGCAGCAGCAGCAGCAACAGCAGCAGCAGCAGCAAGGGUCCGGCUUGCUGCUAUAAAGGUUUUAGCCGCUACUUCUCUUCUUUGGGGUUGCAGCAGCAAAAGGUUUGUCUCGUGCCUGUCUGUCUCCUUUCUGCAGCAGGAAACGUCACUGGAGCUCUCCUAUCCAGCAGCAGCAGCAGCAGCAGCAGCAGCAGCAGCAGCGGCAGCAGCGGGAGGGAUGCUGAUAUUUUUGCUGCUACUCUUGCUUCCGUUUGCAAGUUAGUGCAUGCACAUGGAGGCCUUGUUGCUGUUGAUGCAGCAGCAGCAGCAGCACAUGUUCCUAUUGACUUCAAUCCGCUGCAGCACCUAUUGCAGCAGCAGGAGCAGCAGCAGCAACAGCAGCACGAAGAGACUCCUCGUCUUUGGUUUACUCACCCUUGGUUGUGUUCUGCUGCUGUAGCAGCAACAGCAGCAGCAAGUGCUGCUGCUGCUCCCGAUGCCCUCUUCUUCUCCCCACACAAACUGCUAGGGGGUACAGGAUCGGCAGGUUUGCUGCUAGUUAAGAAGCGUCUGCUGCUCUCCGACCUCCCGACUCACCCUGCUGGGGGUUCGGUGUAUCUUGUCAACGCAAAAUGGUCUCAGCAGCGGCAGCAGCAGCAGCAGCAGCAGCAGGAGCAGCAGCAGGAGCAGCAGCAGGAGCAGCAGCAGGAGCAGCAGCAGGAGCAGCAGCAGGAGGCGAGUGCUUCUUUGCAUGCGGUGUAUUUGAUGAGUAGAGGUGAAGAAAGAGAGGAGGGCGGAAGCCCUAAUCUACCUGCUGUUUGUCGUUCAGGCCUCGUGCUGCACCUGCUGCAGCAGCUGCCGCUGCAGCAGCUGCGACAGCGAGAAGCAGCAGCAGUCGAAGCAAUCCUCAGGAUAUGGGGGGCUCACCCUAGAAUUCAAAUUGUGGGGAAUACCG